AUGACUUGUUGUGGUCUUCACACGCUCAUUCCCUUCGGCGACCAGUACGCCAUGGGACCCCUGCGAGCGCUGUUCCUCCUGCUCGGUCUCCUCCGGCCAGCGCGCUUCGUCGCAGGCACAGGCGAGGACUGGUGGUAUGCAACUUCGGUGGCCGAGGAAAUCGUCGCUGCAGGACAGACUGUCGAGUACGCGCAGGUUCCUCUGGUGACCUGCGCUGCCUACGCCGGCCACUCGGGCUGGGCGCAGCUCUUCUGCCACAUGGAUGGCCUCUGCGUCCUUUCAGAGCAGGCGGUGGUCAGGGACAACAGCACCGGGAGCGGCGUCCUGAUGCCAUGCUGGACCAAGUACUCUCCUUCGUCAUGCUUUCCUCCCUUCGAAGACGCCGGAGCAGCUGGAUGCUUUUAUCUGCACGGUAGCAAGAUGACAUGGUUCGACGGUCGCGACCACUGCAAAUCCCUGGGCGCCGACCUCGCUGUGCCCACGAACUUCGACGCUUUUCGGAGUUACGCAGCCAGCGCGGGAUUGCCUCAAGACGUGUGGCUGGGCAUCUACGACCAGGAAUGGCUCAACGGCAGCCGCGUGGCCAGGGCGCUGUGGGCCAAGGGGAACCCCGACGGCCCGCCACAGGACUGCGGGAGGAAGUACUAUUCGGUCCUCGCGGAUGCCAAAUGCAGCGAGAACUGGUAUUUCCUGUGUGAGAUUAAGUGAACAAAUAUAUGAUUGCUUUUACAUGAUUAUAUCCUUAUGGCUGUUAUAUAUGUUUCA